UACAGUCCUGAGCGCUCACUGGUGAACAGGCGCGCUGGAAACUGCGCUUCCCGGAUUCUUCCUCUGAUCAGUUAAACUUUUAAAACUUUGGAGAAGAUCCGUGUUGAAGAAUAAUUAGGAAUUCUUUGAUAUCCCCUCCUUGGUGUUUCAAUGAGCACAGGUACAAUGGGCGCAUUCUGUACCAGAUCGGUAGAGUAGAGGGUUAAAAUCCUCUCUCUAUUGCUUUUCUUGCACGGAGACCUGAGAGUUUCACCACUGUUAGUGGAAAUAAGAUACACAGCCAUGGAUUUGGGUAAUGAUGUAGAUUUGUCCAACAAUAACAUCACACCUUUGUGGAAGCGACGCACAGACAACAGUAAAGGUUCCCAGGAUCUGAGCAAACCCAAGCCAAGACCCCUGAGCUACCAUGUAAAUGGGGUCACAACUGCAGACAUCCCUGUGGAUGAAGACAAAUGUUCCUGGACUUUGAGCCAGCCAGCUGAGCGACUGCCUGUCACACCCCAACCAAAGGCAAAUGGCAUGGCGUUAAAACAUGUUUUACACAAACCCUCUAAGAAAAGCAGAAUUGUUCGCAGCAUUAGCAUUGGCCGCUUGUACAAUAAACACUUCUUAUUGUCCAAGUAUAAGUCCGAGGACAACAGAUCUUCACUGGAUAACAGAGUGUGUAAUUUUGAUAGUGACAGACGGAAAACACCGGGUGGAGAAAGUGUGAUCUCUGAAAAUAAUCACCAGGAGAUGCAGAUAUCUACCAGUAGUUCUCUUGAUCUGGGCUUGGAGAAAGAACUUUUCAGUUCUGGGACAGCUAUACCCUCACCUGAAACUCCUACCCACAACAGUUCUUCACACAUCCAUUCUCCACACACAACUUCUAAUGACAAUGAACUGUCCUCACUAUCAUCCACACCUACAUUUCCUGGUACCCUAACCCCCUCUCGCAGCUCCACUUCAAGCACCCCAUCACUUUCUUCUUUAACCUCCUCUGACCUUUCCACCCCUCGCUCCCCAUCACCACUUGAAGGAGGGAUUUCAUUGCCCAGCCAGACUCAGACGACCUCAUCGACAUCAUCACAAGACAUCCAGCCUGCUUCCCCCUCUUCCUCUGUCUCCUCUACAUCACCAUUUCUCUCCCCAACCCCUCCUUCUCCUUCCAUGGUCCUUAGUACCAACAGUCCGGCUGCCCUGAAGAUGGGCACCCAGCAGCUCAUUCCCAAAGGAUUGGUAUCAGACUCACGACAAAUCAAGCCGCCUUCCACUGGGAUGCAACGGCUGGGUCUGGACCAUCCCAAACGAGCUUUGAAAGUCCUCAGCAUGGUGGAAGCAGGAGGCUACUUUUCUACCAGUGGGGGGCACACUGAAGAGGGAGAGAGAGAGAAUGACAGCCCGGGGGCAUUACGGAGAGGUUUGAGGAGUACAUCUUACAGGAGGGCAGUAGUGAGUGGAGUUGACACAGAUGUUCCCUCAGUGGAUCUAAGGAACCUUCUGCUGCCCCAGCCUGUUAUCAGAGUGGUCGAUUCAACCGCUACCUCAACACAUUCUGCCAAUUUAAGCCCAGAAAGUCCUGGAAUACCUAAAGCUGCCAGCCCCAGGAUUUCAAAGUCUCUUAGUUCUCAGAUGGAUAAAUCUAAAAGCAACAAGAAAAACAAGAUACCAGAUAGGAAGACAUUGGUAUCUCAGCGCACUUUUGAUAGUGAAGAAGAGGAACUUUACCAAAACUACAAGGAGAAAGCUCUUCAUAAUGACUCAGAUGAGGAUGCUGAUUCAAGGCGACCAAAGCCUGAUAGGGGCAUCGUCAUGCAGUACAAACCUAUACGUACCUCCUGGAGCCAACUCAGCUUGGUAAAGAAAAGUGGUGCAUCCGAACAGCUGAGUCAGGAGGAACGCAAAAGACAAGAGGCUAUUUUUGAACUGAUCUCCUCGGAGCACUCCUACCUCCACAGUUUGGAGAUUCUUAUUCGUUUGUUCAAAAACUCUCCAGAGCUUAGUGAAGUGAUGACCAAGACUGACCACCAUCACCUCUUCUCCAACAUCUCAGAUGUCUAUGAGGCCAGCAAAAAGUUCUUUAAGGAGCUGGAGGAGAGACAUCACCAGAACAUUGUCAUAGAUGAUAUCAGCGACAUUGUUUGCAGGCACACUGAGUCAAACUUCGACCCAUAUGUCACGUACUGCUCCAACGAGGUCUAUCAGCAAAGGACUCUGCAAAGGCUUGUUGGUUCUAGGAAUACAGUAUUUAAGGAGGUGCUAACCAAGUUAGAGGGCCACCCAGACUGCAGGAACCUCCCCAUGAUCUCCUUCCUCAUCCUGCCCAUGCAGAGGAUCACUCGUCUGCCUCUGCUCAUGGAUACCAUCUGUCAAAAGACCUUAAAAGACUCAGCACACUAUGAAUCAUGCAAGAAAGCACUGCAGGCUGUGAGCAAGGUUGUGCGGAAGUGCAAUGAGGGAGCUCGCAAAAUGGAGAGAACAGAGAUGAUGUACACCAUCAAUUCUCAGCUGGAUUUCAAGAUUAAGUCUUUCCCGCUGGUCUCAUCCUCCAGGUGGUUGGUAAAAAGAGGUGAGCUGACUGAAUUUGCAGAAGACGCGGGGCUCUUCACAAAGAGGAAAUCCCGACAGCAGGUCUAUUUCUUCCUCUUCAAUGACGUGCUCAUCAUCACCAAAAAAAAAGGGUAAGUUAGUGAGCUUGCACCCCCACA